UAGUCCGUCUUGUUCUUUACUUUCUAUUAUUUAUUUUGACCAGCGGAGUUAAAAUUCUCCGUUUAAACGACUAAACCGUCGAUACGUUUUCUCUGAUUACAUUCUCUGAAUUUAGAGAAACCGGCGGAUUGCCAGCUGCUUGUUUUGAGGACGUUUCAGUGGGCGUAUCAACCCCAGUGCACCGGAUGCAGCAUCUGGUGGUGGUGGCGGUGUCUAGCUUCAUUUUUUUUUUCCUCAGGGGUGGUGGCCGCUGUUUUGCUUCACAGCUUCCCGAUCAGCCUACGAAAGCAUGGGAAUGUCGAGAGGGAAUUUCUGACUAAACUUGUCUUAAAGUGCUCGAUAAGUUACUGUAAGUUUCCCACGAGCCCUUCUACAUCCCAGGACCUCCGCCGUGAAACCAAAGGCCGUUAAGGAGACGUUGUUGGGACGUUUCACCAGCGAGCAAUCCCGGACAAAGGAAACGAGACGUGCGAGCUAACGUUAGCUGGCUCCCCGGGCUAACUUAGCAUUCCUCUAGCUGCGGCGCAAUGCAGGCCAUAAAGUGUGUCGUUGUCGGAGACGGAGCUGUGGGUAAGACCUGCCUGCUCAUCAGCUACACCACCAAUGCCUUUCCUGGAGAGUACAUCCCCACAGUGUUUGACAACUACUCUGCCAAUGUUAUGGUGGACGGGAAGCCGGUGAACCUGGGCCUUUGGGAUACAGCAGGACAGGAAGAUUAUGACAGACUCCGCCCACUUUCCUACCCACAGACGGAUGUGUUUCUCAUCUGCUUUUCGCUUGUGAGUCCUGCCUCGUUUGAAAACGUCCGUGCCAAGUGGUACCCUGAGGUGAGACACCAUUGUCCCAACACUCCCAUCAUCUUGGUGGGCACCAAGCUGGAUCUGAGAGAUGACAAGGACACCAUGGAGAAGCUGAAGGAGAAGAAACUCUCUCCGAUUACCUAUCCCCAAGGACUGGCAAUGGCCAAAGAGAUUGGUUCCGUCAAGUACCUGGAGUGCUCAGCUCUGACUCAGCGUGGCCUUAAAACUGUGUUUGAUGAGGCCAUCCGGGCCGUCCUCUGCCCUCCACCUGUCAAGAAGAAGGGGAAGAAGUGCACUCUCCUCUAAGACUUCCUCCACUUGAACCGGUUACACGGGAACAUGACCGCUAGUGGUGAGGGUGGCUAAAGACACAGGAGAAACACACCAGUAUACACACAAAAACAAUGUACUUCAGUUUCUUUCCUUCCAUAAGUGUAGCUACAGCAGUUAUACCAACCGUUUCCAUGAAAAUUUUGACAUAGGGUCAGAUUAAGGAGGAGGGGUUCGAUGAUUAUAGACCCUAGUUCUUACCUAACAACGUAUACUGUAUAGACGAGACUAUGAAAUUAUGAAAUUCUUGAGGCCUUCAGAAAUGGAUUGGAUGUUUUGUAAAAAAAGGACCGUGGAAUGUUUUCAAUUUGUUCUUCCACUGGUUGUCCACCUUUUUUUGUUUACAGUCUUGGUUGUUUGUUUUGAGUGGAAGAAAUAUUGCCAAAUACAUUCUGCACACAUACUGUAUUUUAGCCGGAAAAAAAAAAACAACCUAUGUUCUAUUGUCUCAAACCUUUAAACCUUCAAAAUACAGCUGACAAUUAUUUGCUGUUGUGUGCUGCUGUUUGUUCAGCUCCAUGACCAAUGGCAUAAUAUUAAUUUCAGUUUCACUUUACGAGGGCAGUCAUGUGUCAUCGCACUGUCAUCAAGGAACUUGGAGUAACCAUCUGUGAAGUUCUUUUUGCCUCAAAAUUACUGUUCCUGUACCAUAAUCUCUCAAAAAAGGAGUUAGUUUUCAGUCCUAGCACAUGAUUCAUGUUGGUUCAUUCUCAUGGAUCGAAUGACGCCUGAGACAUACUGAAAAUUCAGACUGGGGAAAGGUCUGCUGACACCAACAGUGCUAUUAAUCCCUGAAAAAUCAAAAAUGAUCCAGUAUUUUAUGUGUUUGGCUCCAAUCGGACCUGUUAAGUUUAUGGUAUUUUUCUUUCCUCUUUGCAAUAUUUCCCUAGAAAUGUCUGAACUGUAUAGCUGCCCUUGAGUGCAAAGCUGAAAACUUUACUAGAUAUUGGAUUAGAACCGUUUAGGUGUUUUGGUGGCGGGGAUCAAGAGCACCUUUAAUGCUCUGUGGGCAUUUAUCAGAAACCUUUUGUGCAGCACAUUUGAUUUUUAAUAGCAUCACUACUGGCUAAGCAAUGUCACUAAGAAGAGCAUUUAUGCCUGCUAAUAACAGUAACAAAGCUACUGUCGGUUAUGGUGUAGUAUACCGUGUACUCAUUUUUGUUAUAAUCAUGUGAUUGACUAUUUUGUAUCUUUCUUCACAGAAGUUACACUUCACUCACUGUAUUGUUAAACUAACACUAUGAAUAUCCUUUGUUUAUUACCUCUACAGUUAACGCUACCUUAAUCUCCCUACAAGCCUAGCUUUUUGUAAUUAAUGCUGAUAGCAUGUAUGUGCAACAUAUACUGAAAACUAAGAUUAGAAUUGCUACAGUUAUAUUUUUUGCCUAUUUACAAAAUGUAUUUGAACUACUAGAUCAGGGGUUAAGUACAUGUUGCUCAUCUGUAUUGUAUUCAGACAUCAAGCUGUGCUUUAAUUCAAGCCAAUGUUGUGACUCUUUAGUUUUAUGGAUGAAAGCUAUUGUCACUUUUUGAAAAAGCCAAUAAAUUCCAGGAAAACACUCUAUUCUGCCUCUUUGUUGGGCAAUGCAACCUCAGUUUUCCCUUGGUGCAACAUUGAAAUCACCAACACAAAACUAGAGCUGCAACAAUCUGUCAAUUAAUUGGUCGACAUAAAAUUAAUCAACACCCAUUUUGUUAAUCAAAUAAUUGUUUUAGUCUUUUUUGUGUCAAACAUGAUAAUAAAAGGAAUAUAUUUGGAUUUUGGACUGUUGAUUGGACAAAACAAGACAUUUGAAGACAUCACCUUGGGCUUAAAGAAGUUAUAAUGGGCAUUUUUCAUUAUUUUCUGACAUUUUAAAGAGAAAACAAUUGAGAAAAUAAUCAGCAAUUAGUUCAUAGUGGAAAUAAUCAUUAGUUGCAGCCAUACACAAAACAAUCAGAGAGUACUGUUGAUGGACGUACAUUUUGUUGAAGCCUGAAAAACUGCUAAUGCUUCACACUGACCUUACUGGAAAAUGUAGAUGAAAAGAGUGAAUGUGGAGGUUUCAGAUUAAAAUUCGGUUCCAGAAACUGUU